GCUCGCCCGCGUACGAUGCUCAAAUGUUACGGGUGAGUCAGGCGCGCCCGCUUGACUGUACUGACUGACUUCUCUCUCGGUUUUCGUGAAUGACAGUUGUUCCUAGAAGUCGGUGUUCGUACGUCGGUACGUCGAACGGAAUACCUGCGAUUGGGAAAAUAUGCGGCUCAACACGCGGCACCGAAUUCCGUGAUUCUCGACCCAAGACACCAAAAGUCGAAUCGGCAACGAUGAAUCACCGCUCGUUGAUAAGAUUAAAAACAUUUGUUGUUAUGGUGCGGCGAUCCAGUGAAGUGUAGCGUGACGUUUCGACCUUUCGUGACAUCAUGCCGGGUCUCGUCGUGUUCCGUAGGCGAUGGAGCGUCGGUUCCGAUGACAUGGUCGUACCCGGAGCCUUUUUGUUCACUACUCAUCUAAUAUGGACCGUGAUAAUGGGAGCAGUUUUGUUCGUGGUCAACUACGACAAGAGCGUCCAGUGUGUCCUCCUCUUGUGGGGUCUGGUGGUAGGGUACCUAGGUAUCCUUCUCUUGUCCAUGGCCAUAGAAAUAUGUGUGUGCAUCGUGGCCUUAAGGGGGAGCAUUUUGGACACCUCACCCAGGAGUUCCAUGCAAUAUAUCUUGUAUAUUAGGCUUUCUGUGAUGGUUAUUGAAGCUGGUUGGUUGUCGGCCGGCAUAGCCUGGCUGAUGAAGUACUACGUAGAUUGCCCCGUUGAUAAUGCUAAGGAAACAGUGUUGGCUAUGGUUGUUUUCAACUGGUGCAUCCUCCUAUCAGUAUUAAUAACGGUGUGGUGUUGUUACGACACAGCUGGUCGUUCGUGGGUGAAAAUGAAGCAGUACCAGAGGUCCAUGAGAGAGUCGGAGUCGAAGUUUCAGUACAAACGCUCAGGCAGUACCAGGAAUUGGAGGCAGAGUUUUGUAGGACCCAAGGAAGCAUCUUCGUUAGUCCUUCACACUUCCGACGUUCCAAUUUUUAUGAUUUCGCGAAUGAAGGUACUCAGAGCGUACCAAGACAGCUGGCAGAACAGAUGCCGAUUCCUCUUCUGUUGUUCCACACCUUCCGACCGGAACCGGAACUCUUUUGCCGAUAUCGCGCGACUGCUUUCCGAUUUCUUCCGGGAUCUGGACGUGGUACCCUCUGAUGUAGUCGUGGGCCUGGUACUGCUGAGGAAGUUCCAGAAGAUUGAACGGAAAGCUAUCGUCGAACAGCGGAAAAACGACACAUACGAGUUUUUGUCCGGUGUGGCUGUGACUCCCAGGACUAGAUUCCUCACUUUGCACGAGGGAGGUGAUUUGGAACUCUUCCAGACGGUGAUACAUUUUGCUCAUUUUGCUGUCGGCGCUUACGGUUGGCCCUUAUAUGUCGUCUCUAAUAAGCUAGGAGUGUGCCAUCUUUGUACAGGACUGCACUGUUGUUGUGUUCCUUGCCGAAAACGAGCGGAGGUUACCGUCGACAUCAUCGAGGACAACUGUUGUCACUGCAACUACGCGGCGUUGCAAAAAAUUUCUGAAAUCGGCGACAUUGAAAUAAUUUACGUCACGUACCACGUGGACGUUGGAGAAACGCCGUUUUUCGUAGCCGUGGACUACGACAGGAAAAAAAUAGUCAUCAGUGUCAGGGGGACGCUCUCUAUGAAGGAUAUUUUGACGGAUUUGAACGCCGAGAGCGAGACGAUACCCCUGGAUCCUCCGAGGGAAGAUUUUUUGGGCCACAAGGGCAUGGUCCAAGCCGCCCAAUACAUCAUGGACAAGAUCGUCCAGGAGCAGCUCAUCGAGCGAGCCAAGUCGCAACGACCCGAACGGGGUACCAAAGAUUAUGAAUUAGUUAUAGUAGGGCAUUCGUUAGGAGCAGGAACUGCUAGCAUAUUAGGCAUUCUGAUGCGGCGGAUAUAUCCUUCCUUACUGUGUUACUGUUACUCGCCCCCCGGUGGUUUACUUUCCGCGCCCGCGGUGGAAUAUUCCAAAGAAUUCACCGUAUCGGUAGUUGUAGGAAAGGACGUGGUGCCCAGAAUAGGUCUCCAUCAAAUGGAAACUUUGCGAACUGAUCUCAUCAAUGCCAUCAAAAGAAGCGUAGACCCCAAGUGGAAAACGAUCACUUGCAGCAUCAUUUGUUGCGGUUGCUCGCAACCCACUUCAGCUGUAGAGCUGUCCACCAACGAGAGAGACGUGUGCGAGUACAUGAGAAGCAAGGAAAAUGCCAGGUGUAUGGGUAUGCAUCCCGCGGAUAGUACUAUAGCCCUAAGUAGUCAUCAACCUUUGUAUCCACCGGGGAGGAUCAUCCAUGUGGUCAGGCAUCACCCUACGAGCGGACAGCAAGCGCUGUCAAAAAAAGAGCCCGUCUACCAAGCUUUGUGGGCGAAAAACACAGAUUUUGACGAGGUGCUCAUUUCGCCCGUAAUGAUCCAGGAUCACAUGCCUGACAAAGUCCUGGAUGCCUUAAACAAGUGUGUGACAGGUGGAACACAGUCAACACCGACACCCUCAGGAAAACCACGGGGUCGAAACGCCGUCGAUAGAGCUCAGACCUCCCCCCUCAGACACCAGGUUGUAACGACGCUGGGUCCGAAGAAACCACAUCGAUCAUCGUCAACGACAGACUCGACCGCGGCCAAUUACUUUUCCGCCUCCUCUAACCCCAACCUCUUCUUGGAAACGAGUUUCACAUCUCUCCAGUGCCCGUCCACUGACUCUUCCAUUACGAACGGUUACUAUUCCACGAAAAGCCAUCCGUCUCCGCUGUCUCUCCGCCAGCCACUUGCUAAUUUUAAUCUAUCCUUCAGGAGCAAUAAGUCUGAUACACUGCUGCGGAAUAACGUCGUUUCACCUCAAAAGGAAGAAUCGGCUCCUGCUUGCAUCACCAAAAGUCUGAGCCUCAAUCUCUAUCCCAAAGUCGAUCUUAUUCACGACGACUGGCUCGGAUUGGCGCCGUUGGCUAGUCCGGAGAGUUUGUCGGAACUGUCCAGCAUCAGCUCGAGGACCAGCCUAGCGGCCACUAACGUCGUGGUCGAGAUAUGCAAGACUCCAAAACUUAUGAGACGAACCCCUAAAAUAAUCGGCAGCUUAAGCACCUGCGCCGACGAUAUCAGGAACGUGCGAAAUUUUGAACUGUGCAAAGUCUUCCCGAGGCUGAUCAUUAACAACAACAAUUCCGAGAGUUCAUCAAGCAGCAAUUUGAGUUUCGAGUCCGCUUCCAGUAGUAAUAAAUGUUGCAGCAACGCCCAGCGGAACGUACCCAACAGCUGCCACAAGAAUGCAGACAUUAAGGAAUGUUGCGCUACAAGUGAAAGCGAAUUCCAAUCCGCUGAAGACAUAUUAGACAACGUCCUGUCGAGUGCCGGCUGCAAAGAAUUUUUCAAUUCGGAAUCCAAUUUUCUAGACACGCAUGGGGACCUUCUUCAAGACGACAGUCCACCAUCGGCAUACUUCAGAAGUACAUCAACCACCCCUGCCCAUCCCCAGCUGCUAUCACCAAGUUCGCCACAGGACAUAGACCCCGAUUUUGUCUCCAACUUGGCCAUCGACUUGAGCCUGGACGAAGAGCACAGAUCGAUUCAGUUCCAUCAGAACAAGCAAGAGUCGUCUGUGGAUUCGGGCAGCAUGUGUAGAACGCCUUCCGAUACCACUAAAAAUGUCACUUUUAAUCCCCAAGUGAUCACGGUGGAUUCGGCUUGCGAGACUCAUUACUCCCCUCCGGUUAGGUGGCGCCUGUUUCGCGGCAAGAGCUCCAAAAAGGCGGAGUUGCCAAAGUUACCGCCGAUAACCGCUACGGUUACGUCAGCUGUUCCGAUAAAGACGAUUUUGUCGACGAAAAACAGAAAAAUGGACGAAACCGCCGACCGGCUAGUGAGUGAAGAGUGUUUCUCUAGGACAGAGGCGUUGCCUCUUUUGAGUGGGUUGGGUAGCAGUGCGAGCGAGAGGACGCCAUCGCCUAGUUUUGUUCGGAGGAAAAAGUACGUGUAUCCUUCGGACGUUGUUGUUAUGAACAAGACCACGCCCCACGAGAGUGCCGUUUGAAUAUUUGAGACGGUUAUCGAAAAACUUUGCGCACACAGGGUCGGACAGUAGUUAAAGAAAUAAUAAAAUGGGUUUAUUACACAGUUUGACGCCAAUAACAUUUUAUCCGAACGAAUCCCGACAUUUCCUUCAGGUUGUAAUUUGUUUGAUGAUGAACUAAAAACUUUGUAUGUUUAUUUUAUUUUCAAAAUUUUUACUACAACAAAGGCUGUUUGUUAUUACUAGAACCACUUUUAUCCUCUCUAAAUUAUAAAAACUUCUAUCGCCACGCAGGGCUUCUAUUUUUUUUUGGAUGUAAUGUCAUUGGCAUCAUUUGAGAAGGUGUGAAAAUAUAUUUCGCAGAAAAAUAACUUGUUAUGUACAGGGUGUUUGGUUUUAACUGCGUUUUGCCUACGUUAUUUUUGAACUGAAUCGAGACGUUUUUUUUUAAUGCAUAUCCAGAGCUUUCCGUGAUUUUUUUAUUCCGCUAAUUGUCAUUAUAACCAAUUAGCGGCCUUUUUAUUUGAAAUGCAACAUCGUGUUAAUCAAAAUCCCGCAAAAAUCGUAAUUUUCAGAAUUUGACAAAAAGCGAUUUGCAGCGACCUUUCAAUUGGUCAAAAUAAUAGACUAAAAAUCACAAAAACCAUUCAAUCAAGAACGUUUCCCGCCGCCAUCUAAAAAAUAUUAAUAAAAAAUGAAUACUAAUUAAGCAUUAUAGACAAAUUUUUUAAUUUCUGUGCAUAAUCGAUUCGUUUCAGUUAAUAACAAAGUUAUACAAGUGCCAUAAGAAAUGAAAACAUUUGAAGAAUCUACCUAAAUUUGGACACUAUACAAUGGAUUUACCUACCUUAGGCUUGGCAACGAAAGUAGCUUUUCUAUAUUGUCACUCAACUAAAUGUAAGUUCACCUUUUUGUUUCCAAAGGUAAUAUUUACUAAUCUACUUCAAAACACAGCGGAGGAGGACAAAAAGUUAUGAAUUUGCAAGAAAAAGGUCUGACUGGUAUGUUCUUGCAUAUUCUUCCUUGACGUUUGGUUUGUGGUUUUUGUUUAAAUUGUUGGAUGGUUUUCGACACCAAAAAAAGAACGACUCUAUUAUCUUCAAAAGUAGUGGUUUGAAUAAUCCGUGAACAGAUAAAGCAGACAUCCAGUACACCGGCGAUAUCGCAGUCGUAUUUGAACGUCCGUUAUAUUCGAUUUUCCAUCUCCUUUAUUUUUCAAACAAACGAUAAAGCUACCUGCUCGCAAAAGCUUUAUAGAAAGUCGUAUUUUAAGGUUAGGGUCCAAAUGAAUAUUGUACAGGUCCUAUUUGAAUUGUAUGACUCGAACCUUUUGCGAUGUAUUUAUUGAGACCACAGAGUAGAUAAUUUAUUAAUAGUUUAUAUUGUUUUAUUCG